AUGUCGCAUAUGAAGAUGGGUGACAACAGGAAAAUCGAAGGAGCAGUAGGCUCGAUUAGCAACUUACCAGAUGAGAUCCUCCAACAACACAUACUAUGUUUUAUUCCGACCAAAUUAGCCAUCAGUACGUCAAUCUUGUCUAGACGAUGGAGGCAUGUAUGGUGCGAGGUACCUUCUCUCUCCUUAGAUUUGUGUAAACUGACUGCAGCUUCGGUAAACAAAACCCUAACUCGCUACACAGCUUCCAAGACAAAGAGUUUUCACCUCAGAAUAAAACCCAUUACAGAGAACAAACCAUACAUCGACAGGUGGAGCAAGUGGGCCAUGUCACACAACGUUGAGAGUCUGUCCCUCGAUAUAUGUAAUUCUCAUAUUACAUAUGUGUUUCAUAAUUUCUUUUGGAACAGCUCUUCUGUCAAGCAACUCAACCUUAAUUUAGAAUUUUCUCAUAAGAUUGUUCCUCUUGAGUGCACUGUGUCUUGGACAUCCUUGCAGAAGUUAUCAUUAAAUUGUUGUAGUCUCUCUAAUGGAUCCAUGGCUAAGAUUCUAUCGGGGUGUCCGGUUCUUGAGAACUUAACCUUCGAUUACUGGGAUAAACUAAAUGUUCUUGAUCUCAGAAAAUCCCUACGUCUGAGAACAUUAGAAGUACAACGUAACGAGUGGUCUUUGGCGCCAAAGCAGAUUGUGGCACCACACAUCCAUUGUCUCAGAUUGCAUGACUCUGAGUUAUCAUGUACUUUGGUUGAUGUCGCUUCUUUGGCCGAAGCUAAUCUAGAAAUUUCAUGUGUCUCAGACUGGAGCUACACUGAGUACACUUAUGUUCUUCAAACCAUGGGGGUAAAGAUGCUAGAAAAGUUACAUAAUGUUGAGAAGCUUGCGUUUGGGGGAAACUUUAUUCAGAGUGUCAGUUAA